GGCGGGCGGCGGCUCGUCCCGCUCUUCCUCCUCCCUUUGGGUCCGACGGUUUCCGGUGAUGGAGGGCGGGGACGGGCCGGGCCGGGGUCCGGCUCCCCCCGCCGCCGCCCCCACCGGCCGCUUCCAGGUGGACCCGGUGAGCGACGAGGGGGGCCGGACCGGGACCGGCACCGGGACCGGCACCGGAAGCGGAAGCGGCGCCCGCGGGGACGAGGCCCGGGGGCGUUUCCGCGUCAACUUCGUGGUGGCGGCGGAGGAGCACGGCGACGACGACGACGAGGACGACGAGGAUGGGGAGGACGCCCUGGCGGGGGACGUGGCGACGGGCCCCCCGGGCUACGACACCACCACCACCACCACGACGACGACCACCGCCACGUUCUCGCUGCGCACGUUCGGGCACAACACGCUGGACGCGGUGCCGCGCAUCGACCACUACCGCCACACGGCGGCGCCCCUCGGGGCGGGCCCGGACCCGGGCGCCCCCGCCGCCCGCCUGCGCCCCAGCCUGGCGCAGCUCCACGACCAGAUCGACCACAAGGCGCCCGCGGAGGACGGGUUCGCCAACGGAGAGGAGGCGUCGGCCCCGCGCGAGCCCGCGCCCGCCGGCCCCGCGGGGCCCGACGCCAAGGGCCUCGUCAAGUUCGGAUGGGUCAAGGGCGUCCUGGUGCGCUGCAUGCUGAACAUAUGGGGCGUCAUGCUGUUCAUCCGCCUCUCCUGGAUCGUCGGCCAGGCCGGCAUCGGGCUGUCCGUGCUGGUCAUCGUCAUGGCCACCGUGGUCACCACCAUCACCGGCCUCUCCACCUCCGCCAUCGCCACCAACGGAUUCAUCCGCGGAGGAGGCGCCUACUACCUGAUCUCGCGCAGCCUGGGCCCCGAGUUCGGGGGCGCCAUCGGCCUCAUCUUCGCCUUCGCCAACGCCGUGGCCGUCGCCAUGUACGUCGUGGGCUUCGCCGAGACCGUCGUGGAGCUCCUCAAGGACCACGGGCUGCUGAUGCUGGAUGAGGUGAACGACAUCCGCGUCAUCGGGGCGGUGACCGUCGUCCUGCUGCUCGCCAUCUCCGUGGCCGGCAUGGAGUGGGAGGCCAAGGCCCAGAUCGUCCUCCUGGUCAUCCUCCUCCUCGCCAUCGCCAACUUCCUGGUGGGCACCUUCAUCCCCCUGGACGCCAAGAAACCCAAGGGCUUCUUCGGGUACCGAGCGGAGAUCUUCGCGGAGAACCUGGGCCCGGAUUUCCGGGACGGCGAAUCCUUCUUCUCCGUCUUCGCCAUCUUCUUCCCCGCCGCCACGGGCAUCCUGGCCGGGGCCAACAUCUCCGGGGACCUCGCCGACCCUCAGUCGGCCAUCCCCAAGGGGACCCUGUUGGCCAUCCUCAUCACCACCGUCGUCUACAUCGGCAUCGCCGUGUCCGUGGGGUCUUGCGUGGUGCGCGAAGCCACGGGGAGCCCCAACGACACCGUCGCCGCCGCCGCCGCCGGGCCGGGCCCCGGCCCCAACUGCACCGCCGCCGCCGCCGCCGCCUGCGGCCUCGGGUUCGACUUCUCCGCCUGCCAACGCCAGCCCUGCUCCUACGGCCUGCUCCACAACUUCCAGGUGAUGAGCACCGUGUCCGGCUUCGCCCCGCUGAUCUCGGCGGGCAUCUUCUCCGCCACCCUGUCGUCCGCCCUGGCCUCGCUGGUCAGCGCUCCCAAGAUCUUCCAGGCCCUCUGCAAGGACAACAUCUACCCGGCCUUCUUCCCCUUCGCCAAGGGCUACGGCCACAACAACGAGCCGCUCCGGGGCUACCUGCUCACCUUCCUCAUCGCCCUCGGCUUCAUCCUCAUCGCGGAGCUGAACGUGAUCGCGCCCAUCAUCUCCAACUUCUUCCUGGCCUCCUACGCCCUCAUCAACUUCUCCGUCUUCCACGCUUCCCUGGCCAAGUCCCCCGGCUGGCGGCCGGCGUUCAAGUACUACAACCUGUGGGUGUCGCUGCUGGGGGCGGUGCUGUGCUGCGCCGUCAUGUUCGUCAUCAACUGGUGGGCCGCCCUCGUCACCUACGCCCUCGUCCUCGCCCUCUACCUCUACGUCACCUACAGCAAGCCGGACGUCAACUGGGGGUCGUCCACACAAGCCCUGACCUACCUGAGCGCCCUGCAGCACUCCAUCCGCCUCUCCGGCGUCGAGGACCACGUCAAGAACUUCAGGCCGCAGUGCCUGGUGUUGACGGGGCCCCCCGGCUCCCGCCCGGCCCUGCUCCACCUGGUCCACGCCUUCACCAAGAACGUCGGCCUCAUGAUCUGCGGCCACGUCCGCACGGGCCCGCGGCGCCAGGCCCUGAAGGACGUGGGCGGGGAGGUGAGCCGCCAUCACCGCUGGCUCCUGCGCAACAAGGUGAAGGCCUUCUACGCCCCCGUCCUGGCCGACGACCUCCGCCAGGGCGCCCAGCACCUGCUCCAGGCCGCCGGACUGGGCCGCCUGCGCCCCAACACGCUGGUGGUGGGCUUCAAGAACGACUGGCAGCAGGCCCACCCCCGCGACGUCGACCUCUACAUCAACCUCUUCCACGACGCCUUCGACCUCCAGUUCGGCAUCGUGGUGGCGCGUCUCAAGGAGGGCCUCGACGUCUCCCACCUGCUCAGGCCCGACGACCCCGCCCCGGAGAAGGCCCCUCCGCCGCCGAAGGACGUCAUCGUCCGCGUGUCCGAAGGCGAGAAGGUCGACGUGGACGCCGUCCCCUCCGCCGACAAGGGGGGCAGAGAGGAGGAGGACGACGGCAAGAGCCCGGCCCAGCAGCCCCUCCUGAAACAAGAGCCCGGAGGCCCCGCCGCCUUAGGUCACGGGGAGCAGCGGCUGCUAGAAGGCAGCCAGCGGUUCCAGAAGAAACAAGGCAGAGGCACCAUCGACGUCUGGUGGCUUUUUGACGACGGAGGGCUGACGCUGCUGAUCCCCUACCUGCUGACCACCAAGCGCAAGUGGAAGGACUGCCGCAUCCGCGUCUUCAUCGGCGGGAAGAUGAACCGGAUCGACCACGACCGCAGGGCGAUGGCGGCCCUGCUCAGCAAGUUCCGCAUCGACUUCUCCGACAUCACCGUCCUCGGGGACGUCAACACCCGGCCCCGCAAAGACAACGUGGCGGCGUUCGAGGCGACGGUGGAGCGCGUGCGCGUGCACGAGGAGGAGGAGGAGGAGGACGGCGGGGGCGGGGGCGGGGGCGGGGGGCCCAGCGCCGCCCCCCGGGAGGAACGGCCCUGGCUCGUCACCGACAACGAGCUCCACCUCUACAAGACCAAGACCUUCCGCCAGAUCCGCCUGAACGAGCUGCUCCACGAACACUCGGCCUCCGCCAACCUCAUCGUCAUGAGCCUGCCCGUGGCGCGGAAGGGAUCGGUGUCGAGCUCGCUGUACAUGGCCUGGCUGGAAGCCCUGUCCCGCGACCUGCCCCCGGUCCUCCUCGUCCGCGGCAACCAUCACAGCGUCCUCACCUUCUACUCCUAGGCCCCCCGACGACCCCCGACCCCCGACC